UCAAAUUCGCCUCCAUUACAACUUCCCAUGCAGCACCAGCAUCGCCCCCCGCAAGAGAUUUACCACCCACCUCAGCCCCCCUCGAUCCCCCUCCCCACCAUAAACACACUUAUUCCCCGUCUCACCACAACAAUAAACGACAUCGACUCCCUCAAAACACUCGUAGCCAAUGGCGCCCAUAACGAUACAAUCCCUAGCUGGGAUGUGUUGCUGCAGCGUUACUCUCUUCUCUUAGGUCGAAUCAACGCCCUCUCGGCAACAAUAACUGCCCCUCCUGCUCGCCCCAAUGUGACGGGCUAUUCUCAAAAACCACCUCCACAAACUCCUAUUCUUUCACGUUAUCUCGUUCAUCCUCUGACUCCCCUGCCUUCUACUGACAGUGCUGGCUCUGAAAUCACACCUCUGGUCCAGGACGCCUUCUUCCAAGCCAUCAACACCAUACCUCUUGUCGCUGCGCCGGCGGAUGACCGGGUUGAAGGGAUGGGACCCAAUGUUUCGUUCUCGCAUACUCAAGACCAGUUGAGAGCAUUGUCUGAAAUGGAUCUGGAAGAUCUUCGACGAAGGAUCCUGCUUAUUAUGGAAAGAGACGGGAUGAAGGCGAAGGCUAUGAAAGAAGAGAUCGACAGAAGGGCAGAAGAGGUGGACUGGGCAAUGAGAGUAGACGAAGUCGAAGAGGGAGACGAUUAUGAAGACGAUGAGAUAGCUGUAGCCCCUACGAAAGGGAAUGAUGAAACAAGGGACGAUGACGAUUUGUUUGGCUCAGAUGACGAGUCUAUGGAAGCAGUGCCCGCCGCCGAUACUGCGUCAACACGACACUCAAAAGAACAACAAACAUCUAUGUCAUGCGCGACAUGGAAGCCUACGGACUUUGUGAAGUUCAUGGACUCUGGUGCCCAGCCGUUGUAGUUGCAGCGUUCAAAGACGCAAAUAGAUAGAAAUGAAUCUGGCACUUGUACAAGUAUCUAUGUAUGGUAUGAAAAGCACAUGUACCACUUGCAUUAAUGACCAUUCC